AUGCAAUAUGUAUAGUAUGUCAGUCCAUUUGCAAAAAAUAUUCCGUCGAUGCAGUGGAGAUUCCCCAUUGAUAGCAUUUGGUAGGGUAACCAAGCAGUUGACGAUUGAUAGGCCAAGGAGCUGUAGGCUAGGAGAAGCCAGAGGAAGGAAGGAGUGGGCUGAGAAAUUUAUUUUGAUUGGAUGAACACCAAUGUGCUCUCGUCUGAAGGAACUCCACAACCACAGGGAGAUCUAAUGGGGACUCCAGUCUGUGCUUUGGUGGACGCCAUGUUCAGACUCCCCGCGAAGCUCGACGCGCUACUGGUGCGUCGAGGCCACAUGCUGUCCCGGGGGGCGGUGGAUGAGAUACCUCUCAUCAAGCAAGAUCUAGAAAAGAUUGUAGCCUUGCUACAGGAACAAGACGACUCGGGAGCAGAGGCCCCUUCUCUGAUGGUCAAGUGCCUGACCAAGGAGGUGCGCGAGCUGUCGUACGACAUGGAGGACAGCGUCGAUCAGUAUGAGAACGCUGCCAGCUCCAUGAGAGGUAUCCUUCUUCCUUGCCGUAAGAAGUACAAGGUUAGUUGCCGUAGGAGUAAGCCCAAAUCGGGGCUGCGGGAGAAGCUCAAAUGGCGCCUAUGGAUGGCCAACAAGAUCAGGGAGUUCAGUUUUCGCUCUCAGGAGGCGCUUCAGCGGUACAGCUUGUUUAACCACCUUGGUGACAAUGGUAGCAGUGCUGCUUCUUCUGCUAUAUGUGUUGCAUCUUUCCGCUCUUGGCAUCCCACGCCAUAUGGGGAGCUUGUCGGUAUCGAUGAAAACUUGAAUAAGCUUGAAGCAUGGCUGGGUAAGGAUGGAGAGCAGAAGCUCAAGGUGGUGUCUGUUGUUGGAUCUGGAGGGCUUGGUAAGACCACGCUUGUCAAAGAGCUGUACCGUAGAAUCAGAGGACAAUUUGAGUGCCGGGCAUUUGUGCGUUCGUCCCGAAAACCUGAUAUCAGGAGGCUUCUCAUCAGCAUGCUCUCACAAAUUCGGCCACACCAGCCCCCUCACACUUGGAAGGUGCAUAGCCUAAUUGCUGACAUCAGGUCUUAUCUCCAACAUAAGAGGUACUUGAUCGUAAUUGAUGAUGCAUGGGCUACGCAAACAUGGGAUAUCAUUAACCGUGCUUUGCCGGAUGCUAAUCUUUGCAGUGGCAUACUUAUAACUACAGAAAUAAAUGAUGUAGCUCUGAAAUGCUGUGGUUAUGACUCUAAAUAUGUUCUUACGAUGAAACCACUUAUUGACGAUGAUUCAAGCAAAUUAUUUUUCAGCACAGCUUAUGGUCCUCAACUUGAAUGUCCACCAGAACUCGGCGAACUUUCAAAGAGUAUUAUCAGAAAAUGUGCUGGUUUGCCACUAGCAAUUGUUGCUGUUGCCAGUCUUUUAAGCCGGAUGAACAAACCAGAGCAAUGGAACUAUGUAAAUAAAUCCUUAGGUUAUGGUUUGAGGGCAAAUCCUUUGGAGGGGAUGAAACAAGUACUAAACCUUAGUUACAACAAUCUUCCAGAGCAUAUGAAGGCAUGUGUGAUGUAUCUCGGUAUAUACCAAGAGAACUACAUAAUUCCGAAGGAUGAUUUGGUAAAGCAAUGGAUAGCUGAAGGUUUUAUCCAUGCAACAGAAGAGAAAGACAAGGAGGAAAUAUCAAGGAACUAUUUCAAUGAACUUAUCAGUAGCAGAAUGAUCCUACCUGUACAUAUAAAUGACAACGAUGAUGUUCUGUCAUGCAGUGUGCAUUAUAUGGUACUUGAUUUUGUCUCACACAAGUCCACAGAGGAGAAUUUCGUCACCCCAAUAGAUCAUUGUCAGACAACUGCAAGACUAGCCGACAAGGUUCGUCGACUGUCUCUUCACUUUGGUAAUGCAGAAGCAACACCACCAGCAAAUAUGAGCCUAUCACAGGUUCGAACUCUUGCGUUUUUUGGGGUCUUCAAGUGUUUACCUACCAUUGUCGAGUUCGGUCUUCUUCAAGUUCUAAUCCUACAUCUUUGGGGUGAUGAUGAGAGCAUUAGUUUUGAUCUCACUAGAAUAAGUGAGCUUUUUCGGCUGAGAUAUUUGCAUGUCACAUCCAAUGUCACCUUAGAAGUACAACAAACCCAGAUCCGAGGUCUACAAUAUUUGGAAACACUGAAGAUAGAUUCAAGAGUAAGUGCAGUUCUAUCAGACAUUGUUCAUUUGCCCAGCUUGUUGCACCUCAGUCUUCCCGUUGGGACAAAUCUGCCAAAUGGUAUUGGCCAAAUGACAUCCCUUUGCACACUUGGAUAUUUUGAUCUAUGUGCUAACUCAGUAGAGAAUGUGCACAGCCUCGGCGAGCUGAAAAGUCUCUGGGAUCUACGGCUGACCUGUUCAACAGUGCAUUCUUGUCAUCUAAAGAGCAAAAUUGAUAGUGUGGGCUCCAUUCUCGCGAAACUCAGCAACCUCAGGUCUCUAACUUUGAAGCCUUCAAGUAUUCUGGAUGCUGGACCUUCCAGCAUUUGCAUUUCCUGUGAUGAGUUGAGCAUUGUAUCCCCUCCUCCUUCGUUUCUUCGAAGAUUUGAGUGGUCACCAAGUAUUUGCACCUUUUCCAGCCUCCCCAAGUGGAUCAGACAUCUCGACAAGCUCUGCAUUUUAAAGAUUGGGAUUACUGAACUGGCAUGGGAGGAUGUUGAUGUUCUCAGAGGAUUGCCCGCGCUCACUGUUUUGUCGUUGUAUGUCCGGGCAAAGCCUGUGGAAAGGAUUGUAUUCAAUAAGACAGGAUUCUCAGUUCUAAAGUACUUCAAGUUCUGGUGCAGUGUACCUUGGCUAGAAUUUGAGGUGGAUGCAAUGCCUAAUCUCCGGAAACUCAAACUAGGUUUUGAUGCCAAUGGAGCAGAUGAGCACGGACCUGUUGGCAUCGAGCACUUGUCAAGCCUUAAGGAAAUCUCAGUGAAAAUUGGGGGUGUCUCUACCGAUGACCCUGAUAGAAGGGCUGCAGAAUCGGUGUUGAGUCAUGCCAUUAAUAUGCAUCCAACACGUCCCAUCUUCAACAUACAGUGUGUAGAUGGGAUGUUCACUAGUAAGGAUGACAAGAAUAGUGGAGUAGAACUGCAAAAACAAUAUAAGAUCAUGGAUGAAGACUCAGUUGAACAGAGAGUAGUCUUUCAAAUGGGCUCGAGUGAAGAUGCUCAGAGCAGGUGUUUGGAUAGGAAAAAUGUCGCGGACAAGCAGGUGAGGUGGACGGAUAUCGGUGAGAAGAAACAGGAGCUCGUCCCCAACAUUGAAAAGAAGGACCAUGCCAAGCAGGUGAGGAUGGCGGAGAUCAGCAAUCGGAUACAGGAGCUCGUACCCAAAGUAAAAAAGGAUCGCUCAUCACAUAGAAGAAGCAUCGCUGAGCUGCGGAGGAGGACGGAGAUCAGCAAGCGGGUGCGGAAUCUGCAAGAGCUCGUCCCCAACAUGGAGAAGCAAACCAACACGUCCGACAUGUUGGAUCUGGUUGCUGAUUACAUCAAGGAACUCCAAAUGAAGAUCAAGGUGAGGAAGGAAGAAGAGGCGAGUUGCACGUGCUUGCCGAGCAAGCAGAACUACUCGCCGGCUGAUGAAGCUCAACAGCCGACGCUGGAUGAAGCAUCCGCGGUACCGCGUACCCCUAGCUAGUCUCUUUCCUUGUUGAUUCUAGGCACCGUUCGUAGUAGCACAAAUUAGUGGCAUCAAGUCUGUGGCAGAACAUCAAGGGAAGUACGAAACGAGAUCUAUCGAGUUUGUUGUACUUGUACAUGCAAGCCAUUAGCAGGCGAAGGCCACAUGUUGCGCCCUUCUAUGGCCGUUGCAAUGCUGUCUUAAAUUUAAUUAUAAUACUCCCUUCAUUUUUAAAUAUAAGUCUUUAUAGAGAUUUACGUACGAAUUAUAUACGGAUGUAUAUAGACAUAUUUUAGAAUGUAUAUUUAUUCAUUUUGUUUC